UCAUUGGUUGUGGUCUACCACUUUCAUAGAAAUGGGGCUUAAACCAAACAGGGGAGUUGUUUUAUUUUCGUGUCUCGUAUUUCUUUACAUUAGCCAAACAUGUGGUAUAACCCUCGAAAUAGUGCACACAGAUGAGAUGCAUCUUGAGAAAAGGUCUGAGAAUAUCCACACGGGGACAAUUGCUUUUGGCACAGGGGAUAUUUCACUGGGUCGAAAUCUGGAAUAUGAGAGACAAUAUAUUGGAGAAGAAACUGCAGAUGUUGGCUCUGUUAACAUCCAAGCCGCCGACCCACAUCCAGGACUGGUGGGUGGACGAAGCAGCAUUGAUGACUAUAGGGCCUGGCAUCGUAUGCAACCAAGUUUAUUAUGUACUAAUGACCUCAUGAAGUUCUCGGCACAAGGUCCUGGGUGUUCUUCACUCCAGUUAGACAGAGGUGGCAAGCCUCUCUCUCUAACCCAGUUACCACAAGACUGUGGCUACUCUGUGAAAAGGACUGCGGUGGGCCUUGUGUUUCUCGCCUCUCUCGAUGGUUGUGAUAUUGUGAAACAGGGCAAUAGCCACUUGCUGCAGAUGUUGUGGCACAGCAAUCCAGUAACCCUCUCCUGCCCUGUCUUGAGCUCAGACCAAGUCUCUCCAGUUUUAUCUACUACACCAGCUCCAACUACAGAAGCACCAGCCACAGCUGUCAAGCUUCCUCCACAGAAUCAACAGUGGAUGCAUCCGCUCUUUGGAGGCUACUACCACCCAUUAAUGCCGAUGCAGACUCCCCCUCAAACUACAGAAGCACCAACUACAAAAGCGCCAACUACAGAAGCACCUGCCACAGCUGCCGAGCUUCCUCCACUGGAUCAACCGCAGCAACAGUGGAUGCAUCCACUCUUUAGAGGCUACUACCACCCUUUAAUCCCUGUGCAGACUCCCCCUCAAACUACAGAAGCGCCUACUACAGAAGCACCUGCCACAGCUGCUGAGUUUCCUCCACAAAAUCAACAGUGGAUGCAUCCCCUCUUUGGAGACUACUACCACCCUUUAAUCCCUGUGAAGACUCUCCCUCAAACUACUGUUGCGUCAACUACUGUUGCACCAACUACAGAAGCGCCAACUACAGAAGCACCUGCCACAGCUGCUGAGUUUCCUCCACAAAAUCAACAGUGGAUGCAUCCCUUCUUUGGAGACUACUACCACCCUUUAAUCCCUGUGAAGACUCCCCCUCAAACUACUGUUGCACCAACUACAGAAGCGCCAACUACAGAAGCACCUGCCACAGCUGCUGAGUUUCCUCCACAAAAUCAACAGUGGAUGCAUCCCUUCUUUGGAGACUACUACCACCCUUUAAUCCCUGUGAAGACUCCCCCUCAAACUACUGUUGCACCAACUACAGAAGCGCCAACUACAGAAGCACCUGCCACAGCUGCUGAGUUUCCUCCACAAAAUCAACAGUGGAUGCAUCCCUUCUUUGGAGACUACUACCACCCUUUAAUCCCUGUGAAGACUCCCCCUCAAACUACUGUUGCACCAACUACAGAAGCGCCAACUACAGAAGCACCUGCCACAGCUGCUGAGUUUCCUCCACAAAAUCAACAGUGGAUGCAUCCCUUCUUUGGAGACUACUACCACCCUUUAAUCCCUGUGAAGACUCCCCCUCAAACUACUGUUGCACCAACUACAGAAGUGCCAACUACAGAAGCGCCAACUACAGAAGCACCCGCCACAGCUGCUGAGUUUCCUCCACAACAUCAACAGUGGAUGCAUCCCUUCUUUGGAGACUACUACCACCCUUUAAUCCCUGUGAAGACUCUCCCUCAAACUACUGUUGCGUCAACUACUGUUGCACCAACUACAGAAGCGCCAACUACAGAAGCACCUGCCACAGCUGCUGAGUUUCCUCCACAAAAUCAACAGUGGAUGUAUCCCUUCUUUGAAGACUACUACCACCCUUUAAUCCCUGUGAAGACUCCCCCUCAAACUACUGUUGCACCAACUACAGAAGCGCCAACUACUGUUGCACCAACUACAGAAGCGCCAACUACAGAAGCACCUGCCACAGCUGCUGAGUUUCCUCCACAAAAUCAACAGUGGAUGCAUCCCUUCUUUGGAGACUACUACCACCCUUUAAUCCCUGUGAAGACUCCCCCUCAAACUAUUGUUGCACCAACUACAGAAGCACCUGCCACAGCUGCUGAGUUUCCUCCACAAAAUCAACAGUGGAUGCAUCCCUUUGGAGACUACUACCACCCUUUAAUCCCUGUGAAGACUCUCCCUCAAACUACUGUUGCACCAACUACAGAAGCGUCAACUACUGUUGCACCAACUACAGAAGCGUCAACUACUGUUGCACCAACUACAGAAGCACCAACUACAGAAGCACCUGCCACAGCUGCGGAGUUUCCUCCACAGAAUCAACAGUGGAUGCAUCCCCUCUUUGGAGGCUACUACCACCCUUUAAUGCCUGUGAAGACUCCUCCUCAAACUACUGUUGUGCCAACUACUGUUGCACCAACUACAGAAGUACCUGCCACAGCUGCGGAGUUUCCUCCACAGAAUCAACAGUGGAUGCAUCCCCUCUUUGGAGGCUACUACCACCCUUUAAUGCCUGUAAAGGCUUAAACCACUGUUGCACCAACUACAGCUGUCAAGCUUCUACUGAAUCAAUGAACCACUUAUUACAAGUAUUCAACAGCACCCCAAAACAGAUGCUCUACUCCAAAGCUUUUAUUUUGUAACUCCUCAGUCUCUCUUAAAAUCAUAUAUGUUAUUUAAUGCAUAUAUUAAACAUGUAUUUGGA